CGGAGUUUGCGUCAUGUUUUUGUAGGAAACGUCAAGAAAGGUGGGGACAUGAAGGCGCAGCUUACAUUUCGCAGUCCACUGCUACUCCUUUAGUAAGAUGGCUACCAUGUUGUCUCGGACCGCCUCACUCGUUGAAAAUUUCACUCGAAUCAAUGGGUUGAAGAUAUUGGGUUGCAAAACCAACUUGGCAAAACAACCAGUUAGGAAUUUAAAUGUUCAUGAACACAUAAGUUAUACUCUGUUAAAUGAAGCUGGAGUACCAACUCCUAAGUUUGGAGUUGCUAAAACUCCAGAUGAAGCUGCAAAACUUGCUGCUGACUUAAAAACCAAAGACAUUGUUUUAAAAGCCCAAGUAUUAGCAGGUGGCAGAGGUAAAGGUCAUUUUAAAGGGACUAAUAUUAGUGGUGUGAAGAUGUGUGAAACGCCAGAAGAAGCAAAAAAGUUAGCUAGCCAAAUGUUAGGUAAACUGCUAAUCACCAAACAAACAGGUGAAGCAGGUAGGAUAUGUAAUGCUGUUAUGGUAACACAGCGCAUGUUUCCUCGCAAAGAAUAUUACCUUGCAGUCAUGAUGGAAAGAGCCUUUGGUGGUCCAGUUAUAAUAGCCUCAAGUCAAGGUGGUGUAAACAUUGAAGAGGUUGCUGCAACAAAUCCUAGUGCUAUAAUGUAUGAACCUAUUAAUAUUAACACGGGUAUUACAAAAGACCAGGCAGAUCGCAUUGCUGUUAAGCUUGGUCUUCAAAAUGUCAAAGAUUAUAUUUCUGAUAUUAUUAUGAACUUGUACAAAAUGUUUCUGAAAAAGGAUGCUCUUUUGUUGGAAGUAAAUCCUCUAGCAGAAGAUAUUAAUGGAAAAUAUUUCGCAUUGGAUUGCAAAUGUAGAUUCGACGAUAACGCUGAAUACAGGCAAAAAGAGUUAUUUGCCUUGCGAGAUUGGACUCAAGAAGAUCCUAAAGAAGUUGAAGCUGCCAAAUUUGACUUGAAUUACAUUGCACUUGAUGGCAAUAUUGGUUGCAUGGUAAAUGGAGCAGGAUUGGCUAUGGCUACUAUGGAUAUUAUAAAAUUGCAUGGAGGAGAACCAGCUAAUUUCUUAGAUGUGGGUGGUGGUGCCUCUACAUCUGCUGUAAAGGAAGCAUUUAAAAUAAUCACGUCCGAUCCACGAGUUCAUGCCCUCUUAGUCAACAUAUUUGGUGGAAUUAUGAGAUGCGAUGUUAUUGCAGAGGGAAUCAUAGCUGCAACUAAAGAACUUAGCUUAAAAAUUCCAGUUGUUGUUCGAUUGCAGGGUACAAAUGUAGACGAAGCGAAAGCACUUAUUGCAAAUGCGGGUUUAAAGAUCGUUCCAAUCGACGAUCUUGACGAAGCAGCUCGCGUGGCGGUGAAAUUAUCAACGAUCGUUAAACUAGCGCAAUCAGAAAAUCUUAGUGUCAACUUUGAAAUUCCUUCAAUUUCAUAAACUUAGAAAAAAUAUAUAUCAGGAGAAUUACGAAAGUAUAUUCAUAAUUUGUUAAAUUCUUGGAACAAUAUUUGAAAGUAAUAACUAGAUUAACAUUUCAAAUGACAUUUCUGUGUUACAUCUAGAAUCACAUUUGAAUAUCGUACACAUCUUUAUUACAAUUUAAACGAAAAUUUAUUUUUCAAGAGAACAGGUGUUUGCUUAUCGCUAUAUAAAUGUUUAUUGUUAGAAAUUACCAGAUAAUUUAUUCACAUUCGGUGUUGCCUCUUUAAUGUAAGCACAAAUUCUUUCCCGAGAAGUACUUUAAACUUCUUCAAGAAUGUAAUUUAUUGCUUACCCAUUAACGGGUCUCUGUGAUUCAGUAUUAAAGUUAAGUUAUAUGAUAUAUAUGUAUCAAAAUAGUCAUAUUUUUUGCAAGAAAAUGUAUCCUACAUUCUUUUAAAACUCGUAUUUUGUACUGCCAAAGUACGCGGUUAUCGUCGACGAAUAAAAACCUUUUGUAUAAUCGUAUAUGAUAAAAAGAAAGUUAUACUUCAGACACUCGAGAUAUACUGAUAUAUCUCACCUAAAAAAGGCCUGUUUAAUGUAAUAUAGAUAUAUGUAGUUAUGUGUAUACAUAUAUAAAUUAUUUUACGUAAUUUUA